AUGGUGGCUUAUGCACUGCAAGUUGCUGAGGAGGUGGAUGUCUAUGAUCUAUCUACCUAUAGGGAAGUAGUUACAUAUGAUAUGUUGAGAGCAGCAAAGAACAAGUCUGAUGUUCAGAAGUUGAAGGAGCUUCUUAGUGUCGAGUUUGAGAUGAAGGAUUGGAUAUUGUUAGGGGUUGGCAUGUCAACAACAAAGCCUAUAUAUAUUCCUAGUGCGACCAAUAGUCAUUUGUCGGUUGCUUUUGCACCUAAGUAUGCUGAGGAGAAGGAGUACAUGUCUCGAGUUCCUUAUGCUAGUGUCAUAGGGAGCUUGUUGUAUGCAAUGGUUUUCACUAGGGCAGAUUUUACACAUGCAGUCAAUGUUGUUAGUAGGUUUGUGGGUGAUCCCGGUGAGGAGCAUUGGCAGGCGGUCAAGAGGAUCUUUUGGUAUCUUAGAGGUAUGUCGAAAAUUGGUCUUAUUUAUGAAGGUGAUGUGACAUGUUUCUCUGAUUUUGAUUAUGCUAUGGAUGUGGAUGGUAGGAGAUCUAUGACUAGUUAUGUUUUCACUCUUGGUGGUUCUGUUGUAAAUUGGAAAGCUACUUUGCAACCUACGCUGACGUUGUCAACCAUUGAACAUGAUAUAUGGCCUUGA